UUUCUACUACAUUCAUAAUCAACUUAUUGAAUAUCAAAUCAUAUUCAAACAUAUGUUUAUACUCUUAGCUAAAACUCAACUUAUAUUCUAUAGUGCCCCACGUGUUUUAUUUAAAAAAAAAAUCGAAAACAGGGGAGGGGAUUGUUAGUAUUACUCAUUUACUCAAUACAACUCUUCCUCCACCUCCACUGUCGCUGCCGCACUCCCGCACCACGCCACCGCCGGCUACUGCUCCAUCACAGACGCCUUCCGCCGCUGCUGCCUGGUGCUUUGACGUUUUCGGUGCUGCUGUGGGUUGCUCGAAGCCUCGAAUCGAACACAGUCGAACUCGAAGGUUUUCAAACCCUAAUCCCUAAAAUCGAAAAUUUUGAUUUUGUUUGAGUAUUGACCAUUACUUGCAAAGUCUGGCUACAAUCAAUUGAUUUCUUGAAAAAGAAUGAGCGAAAGAAUGAGCGAAAAAAGUGAAUCGGAAACUUCAACUACAACAAUGAAUUCAACAGGCUUGAUUUUAUCAAACACAGAAGCAUUGACGUCUUUCCUUAAAUCUUCAUCAUCAAAUCUCCCCGAAGAUCUCCAACAAUCUGCACUCACUCUCUGCUCUCAACCCUCAAUUUCUUAUCAAUCUCUGCGAUCAAUCUGGGCUGCAUCUGAUCCCCAUAGUAGACCUUCUCUUAUUACUCUUCUUCGUGGUUCUUCUUUCCUGUUCACUAGCCCUGAACCUAGAGAAAAGAGUGAAGAACUUAAAGCAAGAUUGAGGAAGCUAGAGGAGUUGGCUGAGAGGAAAGCUUAUGCAGAGCUUGUGAAAGAUAUUACUCCAAAGAAAACGCCUGAUGAGCCCUUCUCGUCUUAUAAGGACCAACUUGGAUUUGGCCUACAUGUUGUGGUCAUAAUGUUUACCGGUUACCUUGUCGGAUACAUUGCAUUCAGAGCAUUAUUUGAUCGCAACCCUGCCAUGAGCACUGCAGGAGGGAUCCUUGGUUUGGCACUUGGCAUGCUUUUGGAAACAGUUCUUUUCAUCAUUCGAACUACUGAAAACGAGAGAUCUUCAACAUCUCGAAAGCCUUCUAACCUGAAGAUCAAGAAAAAUCUUUAGGUCAUCUGGAAACAGUUCUUUUCUGGUUUUUGGUAUGUUCCUAAGGAAUAAAGAUCAGUUGUCGAUGAAGUUAACAAUAACCAACAUUGUUGCUGGAAUCAGCUUGAAGUUUCGUGUAUACACCGCCUUAACCAAUAAUUAAUGCUCAUAUCAAUUAGUGUAACAUUCAGUUUCUUGUAUGAUAUGAGUAUCACAAAAACAUAGGCCGAGAAUGAGACCGUCAUUUUGGGCUAGCCUAAUUUCGCGUGUGAUACGACUACUUCUCUUCCCUUUAUUCCAUCUUCCCUGUCACAGCUCUCCAUUUUUUUCCAUAAUUAAACUUUCUCUUCUUUGCUCUA